AUGCUCAACCUUCUUGCGUGCGCUCUAACACUGGCGCUGGGGUUGGCGAAUGCGAAACAACAACGUUACACUAUUAACGUCGUGGAUGCUAACGUGGAUCCGGAUGGGUUUCCAAGACCUGCGAUAACUGUUGAUGGGGCUUUCGGCCCUUUGCUCACCGCAAAACGCAAUGACGACUUUAAAAUCGAGGUGAACAAUCGAUUGAGUGAUCCCAGAAUGCUUAAAGGAACUUCCAUUCACUGGCAUGGCAUCUUCCAACAUCGUACUGCUGCCAUGGAUGGUGCCGCAUUUGUGACUCAGUGCCCAAUCGCUUCAGGGCACAGCUUCACGUAUGAGUUCCCCGCUGGGGGACAAAGUGGAACAUACUGGUACCACUCCCAUUACUCGACCCAAUACUGCGAUGGCUUGCGAGGUCCUAUUGUCAUCUAUGAUCCUCGGGACCCUUACCGGUGGAUGUAUGAUGUGGACGACGCGAGUACCGUUAUAACGUUCGCGGAUUGGUAUCAUGCGUUUGCUCCUGUAGUUGCUGCAAAACAUGUGCCUCCAAGACCUGACUCGCACCUGAUUAACGGUCUCGGUCGCUAUCCGGGUAGCACGGGAGGUCCUUUGUCUGUCGUAUCAGUAGAGAAGGGAAAGCGAUAUCGCAUGCGACUCAUUAACAUGGCGUGCGAUCCCAACUAUCUUGUAACCUUCGAAGGACACACGAUGACUGUGAUCGAGGCAGAUGGUGUCACAACCAAGCCUCGGGUUGUGAAUUCCUUGCAAAUAUUCGUGGGUCAACGCUACUCCGUCAUUCUCACCGCAAAUCAACCCAUCGGAAAUUACUGGAUCCGAGCUAAUCCUUCGAGUGGCUCGCAAGGCUUCGCAGGUGGAAUCAAUUCUGCCAUCCUCCGUUACGAAGGUGCUCCUGCGUUGGAACCUAAUGGCACUGUACAAACUCUAGGAACAACACUUCUCGAACAGAGUUUGGUUCCCUACUAUAACCCUAAACCCCCUGGGGGACAUCAUUCUCCUGACGUGGAUUUCGUUUUCAACAUUACAUUCAAUAACGGUUCGUUCCUCAUGAACGGAGUCAGCUACCAACCUCCUUCCAUCCCAGUUCUUCUGCAAAUCCUAAAUGGAGCGGAUCCCAGGGAACUACUCCCCAAGGGAGCUGUGUAUAUCCUGCCCAGGAAUAGUGUGAUUCAGAUUUCCGUUCCAGGGGGAUCGCUUGGGGCUCCUCACCCUUUCCAUCUGCACGGUCACGCGUUUAGCGUUAUCCGUAGCGCGGGACAGACCGUGUAUAAUUAUGACAAUCCAGUCCAGCGGGACGUCGUUUCGACAGGUGGAUCAAAAACGGAUUUCACCACGAUUAGAUUCAGAACAGAUAAUCCUGGUCCUUGGAUCUUCCAUUGUCAUAUCGACUGGCAUCUUGCCUUUGGUCUGGCCGUCGUCUUUGCGGAGGAUCCAGCGGGACAAGUGAGAGGACCUCAGUCUCAAAAACACAACAAGGCUUGGGAUCAGCUGUGCCCUAUCUGGGAUUCGCUUCCUGACUCGGAGCAUUGA